AGGGGAAGACAUAACCUAACCAAUUUUUUCACGUCAACAAAAACUUUAAAAUUUCCCAUUUUUUAAUUUUUCAUUGUUUUUUUAAGCUCUAGAAAUGCGAAAUAUACACUAUUCAAUUACAUAAUAUUAAAUUAAAUUAAUAGAGCAACAAUUAGUUGAUAAGUUAUUAAUUACACAACAAAAUGACUAUGCACCAAUUGAUCUCACCAAUAAUCACCCUAAUACUACUAUGCGUCCAUGCAUCACAUCAAUUCUAUGUACCCGGAAUGGCUCCGACAGAUUUCCGCAAAGGUGACUUUAUAGAAGUAAAGGCUGUGAAAAUGACCAGUAUACACACGCAACUACCCUACGAGUAUUACUCGCUACCCUUUUGUUUACCCAAAGGGGGUGCCAGUGCGAUUCAUUACAAAAGCGAGAAUCUAGGUGAAGUGCUUAGAGGGGAUCGAAUUGUUAAUACACCUUACUUGGUUCAAAUGGCCAAGUCAACGCAAUGCUCCUUAUUGUGCCAUUCUCCCGAUAGUCCUAUGCAUUGGAGUGUUGGCGAGAGUCAGAUGGUCGUUGAUAGGAUUCAGCAUGAGUAUUUUGUGCAUUUGUUGGUUGAUAAUCUUCCAGCUGCAACCCCGAGAAAAAACGUGGAAACUGAAGAAGUCGAAUAUGAACAUGGCUACAGAUUAGGAAAUUCUGUAGGAGAUAGAAGUAUAAUCAAUAACCAUUUGAAAUUUAAAUUAUCGUACCAUCAACCAGAACCUGAUGUCUACCGUGUUGUUGGCUUCAGCCUCAGUGCCAGAUCUGUAUCGAUGGAAGACAUAAAAUUCGAUGGAAAAACUUGUAGUUUUGCCAACGACGCGAAACCGCAAGUGGUGGAUGCCAAUACUGGCACUAAACUAUUUUUCACUUACGAAAUCGAAUGGGAAGAAUCUAGUAUAAGUUGGGCAUCAAGAUGGGACACUUAUUUGGCCAUGACUGAUGCGGAAAUUCAUAUUUUCUCAAUUGUCAAUUCAAUUGUUGUUAUAUUCUUUUUAUCUGGGAUUUUGACAAUGAUUAUGGUUAAGACAUUGAAUAAGGACAUACAAAAAUACAACGCUGAUGAAUUCUAUGAUGAUGCUGUUGAGGAAACUGGCUGGAAAUUAGUUCACGGAGAUGUAUUUCGUCCGCCGAAAAAUUCUAGAUUGUUUGCUGCCUUUAUAGGAUCUGGGAUACAGAUUUUAUUAAUGGCAUUACCCACACUUUUUUUUGCCAUGUUAGGAGUUUUAUCUCCAGCGUCCAGAGGAGCUCUAACAAAUGCAGCUAUAAUAUUUUAUUUGAUCAAUGGAGCAGUUGCUGGAUAUUCGUCUGCCAGACUGUAUAAAACUAUGAAAGGGAGAGAAUGGAAAAAAGCUGCUUUUUUGACAGCGACUUUGUAUCCAGCAGUCUUGGCAGGUUCAUGUUUUUUGCUUAAUUUCUUCAUUUGGGGUAAAGCUAGCAGUGGUGCAGUACCAUUUUCAACGAUGAUUUCCAUACUAUUAAUGUGGGUCUUUAUUUGCUUGCCCUUAAUAUAUUUAGGAUAUUACUUUGGAUAUAGAAAACAGCCUUACCAGCAUCCAGUAAGGACCAAUCAGAUUCCAAGACAAGUUCCUGAACAGCAUUGGUAUAUGAACCCAAUUUUAUGUACAAUGAUUGCCGGAGUUCUUCCGUUUGGGGCAGUUUUUAUCGAAUUGUUCUUCAUAUUUACAGCAAUUUGGCAAAAUCAAUUCUAUUAUCUAUUUGGAUUUUUGUUUGUGGUCUUUAUAAUACUUGUGAUAUCUUGCUCACAAAUUUCCAUUGUGAUGGUGUAUUUCCAGCUUUGUGGAGAGGAUUACCAUUGGUGGUGGCGCAGUUUUAUGGUCUCGGGAGGAUCGGCCUUCUACAUCCUAGCCUAUUCCUUCUAUUAUUUCAUGACCAAACUUGAAAUAACCGAAUUCAUUCCAACCCUCUUGUAUAUCGGUUAUACAGGGCUGAUGGUGUUUACUUUCUGGUUGCUCACUGGGACCAUUGGGUUUUAUGCAGCGUACGCCUUUGUUAGAAAAAUCUAUGCCGCUGUGAAAAUUGAUUAGAGACUUUUUUGUUGAUGAGGAACUUGUAGGAGAUAAUGAAAUAUUUUUUUACCUGUUUUGAUCUUAGCUUUGAAAUAGUUUUUCUGAGCUUGAAACAGCUAGAAAUGUCUUUCAUUGCUUCUCCACUUAAGCUUAAAUUAGGACAAUGGGGAUUUCGGUUUCCGUAUUGACUAACCCAACUUGUGAGAAACUAUGGGUGAAUUCUCAAUAAUAGUUUCUAAGAUAUCUUUGAAAAAUGGACAUUUUAAUUCACCUUGUUUUUGUGGAUAGAGAUUUCAGUCAAUUCUUACUGCCUUUUUCUUACAUUUAGUGUAUCCUGAGAGAAUUUACAAGCAACAUAAAUAAAUUGUAACGCUCAUAUUAAGGUUACAAAAUCAAUGAUUAUUAUAAACAUUAAUUUUGCAAAUCUUUGUACAUAUACAUAUUAUACCAAUUAUUAAUUUAUGUAUAUUAGUUAAGAACUUUUAAUUAUUGAAACAAAAACAUCAUAAUACAGUAGAACCACGGUUAUCCGAGGUAACGUGGGGGGGUACCCACAUCGGACAACUAUAUUCUAGAAAGUCAGUUAAUAUGGAGUAAGGACGUGCAUACCUCGGAUAAUCAGGAUUUUUGGGUUUCGAGACUGGCUCGGUUAAUCUAGAGUUGGGAUAGUCGGGGUUCUACUGUACUUUAUUUGAACAGAUCUGGCACAGCACCAUAUAGAAAAUGUUUGCCAAAAACAUAUUUGUCAAAUAAAUUUUAGGCUAUUUUGUAUAUAAUAUUCCCAAAAAAUUAGUUUUUAAGAUAAUAAUUAAUUAUGUGGUAUAGUUUGUUCCAUGAUUUUGUGGUCAGAUUCUUCACCAAUUAUUACGUCUCGUCAUCUAAAUAAUUUUAUUCUGUUUUGGUUUCCAAGCACAAUUUCAUGAAUUAAUUAUUUGAUGCAGAAACUGACCCUGACAAUUUAGUUUGUGAAAUAAAUGGAUAUUUUUUGUUUGUUUUAUUUUAGUGUAGUGAAGAAUUAUAUAUUUUGUUUUUUUUUUAAUUUUUUUUUGUAUAUUAUUUAUUCAUCCCUCCUUCUGUUCCCCUCUGUUAUUCUAUCCUGUCCUGGUUUUUGACACAUAUGCACAGUAGAACUUCUCCCAUAGAAUAACAUGCCCUUCUCAAAAGUGAAUGUUUCUUUAACCUAUCAAAGUUAUUUGUAUUUGUAAUAACUAUUUCUGACAAGUUGGAACAGUACAUGCAAAAAAAAGGCAAAAGGAAGAAUCUAAGUUUUUUGGGACUCGGUUGUUUAAUUUAAAAAAAAUCACAUAUCACAAAAACUAUUAAAUUAAAAUAAACGAACUAAUCUAUUUUGGUUUUAUCAGCAUUUUUGCUUCCUAGUUGCUUUCUUAUUUGAAUCAACGACAUAAUAACUGGAAUCAUCACUGGUAAAAAUAAUGGAAUGUAGAUUGCAUAUCUAAAAAGUUUUUAGUAAAUUCAAAAAAUCAAACCAACAAAAUUACUUACUUCUGAUCAUCUGGGAAGUACAGCAAAGCAAGUAAGGAAGGAUCUCCGAAAGCUUCUUCAGAAUUUUUAAAAGCUAAUUUAGCAUGAUCCAAAGCCUCUUUUCCAUGGCCCAUUGCUAGUGCCUUUUCAGCUUUUCCCACACUUUCCAGGGCUAAUUUAAUUUUAUCAGCUACCUUGUCGCUUAUGACAAUACUAUUGAUUUCAGACAACAAUUGAGCCAAAGACUUCAAAGUUCUUUUAGACGAUUCAAGCAUUUCUUCAAUCUUAUUUAAAGUAAAUUCUUUCAAAUUCCCAACUUUAAACAAUUCUUUUAGAAUUUCUUGAAAUGUUGAAGCAAUUAGUAAUGAAUCAGCUUUGAAACUACCUAAUUUACAAGCGUUUUUAUCAGGAUUCAUAAGAUAUAUCCCGCCCCAUCUAGGACUUAUAAAAGUGUUAGUCGAAGUCAUUUGAUUUUGGGAAUUGUAAAUAUACAAAGGAGCUUGACAAUGGGGGAAAUAUACAACCAAAUGAAUGCUUGGUCUUGGAGAAACGUGAGACCAAAGUUUGGUUUCCAAAGGCGUUAUUACGUGUGGUAAUUGGUUUUCUAACAAAGCAAAAUGGUCCAUAACUUUCCUGGGUUUAGCACCGAGUUCUGUUAAAUACAACCAUUGGGAUUUCACAAUGAAAUCAGUCACUAGGGAUAUUUUUUUCAAGAAGUGUUGCAAAUAAUGGUCAAUUUCUCGGGCAUUAGCUUGGAUGUUUAUUGUUUGUGGAUCCGGAUGGAUGAAACUUAUUAGGAUGUCAUAAUCGAGGCUUAGGGGGAGACCAAAAUCACUAGAGUUUUUUGAUUUUAGCUGGAGGCUGUUAAUUUCGUCUAGGGGCAGCGAUGCUCUAUAGACUCUAGUUGUGUACCACCAAAUUGGCACUCCUAGAAGGACUAGUACUAUAAAAUAUGAUAGUAUGCUUAGGGUACGGAAAUUGGCAUCUGAUGCAUCU